AAUCUUUUUUUAGCAAGUGCGAUGCAAAGCCGGAGAUGCGAAGCCAGUUUGCGAAACAUAACAUGGAAGAAAAUACUCCAGAAUACAACAGAAAUAUGUAUCAAGCGAAAUGUGUAUUUUGCUGUUGAAUGUGCAAACUAGAAAGUGCUUUAUUCGCCAGUCAAUAUUCCCUGGAAUGGAUUAUGAUAAUUCCGAGGCUUCAAAGAUGUGACGUCACUAAUUAGGGGCCAAAUAUAAAAGUUGUAUUGUUGGACUUGUACAUGUUGCGAUCAUCAUAGAUAAUCAACUUUUUAAUGGGAUGGAUUCUACCAGCGCGAAGUUCGUUGGCUCCUCCUGUGGUCAGCAUGGACCCUAUACUUUCUACAAGGCCUUCAAAUAUUUUAAGGACAAAAAACCUAAAAUUUUGUCGUUGGGGGAAUUUUUCUUCGUGGAAAUUGUACGCGACGCACCAGUAAGCAUUGGGGAACUUCAACUCCUUUGGCAUGAUAAAAACAGUAACCAACUGUUAACAAGUGUCCGACUCUAUUUCCUACCGGACCAUACACCUGAUGGAAAACUUGACUACCAUGGAGAGCAUGAAAUCCUUGCUCUUUCUGAAAAAUUAAUUCUUCGUCUGGAUGAUCUGGUGACAUUGAUAGCGGAGGAUGUUCCCUGGUCAGACGGUCUUAAGGCGUUCUGUGAGGACGAUGGUCAGACAGAUUUGACCCACAAUGAUGAACUGGUCCAGGCCUUCCGGAGCAAUAACUGUGGAUUACAGUUUAAUGACGUCAAAAAGGAGAAAGAACUCAUUGGUGACGUGGGUGUACCGGACAGUGUCCAGCAGGUGGUCAUCAUGAGCUAUCCCCAGUACUGCCGAUACCGCACCGUCCUCAAGCGCUUGGAGAACAUGAUGGACAAAUGGCUGCGGAAUGCCAUCGUCAGCGCCAUCGGUGGAUUCUCAGUGAGGUCCAGGAACUGUCGCAUAAUGUUCUGCAGGGAAACUUUCUACCAUCCUGAGUUGGAGGACUUUGAGUUACGCUGUGAUCAUCUAGCUCCUAACCUGAAGGGUCGGCCUCGCAAGAAGAAGACUCUCAAACGAGAGUGUUCUCAAGACUCGGACAGUUACGAGGAUGGCUCAGACACGUCAUCAUUAGCAUCCACAUCACAAGCACCGUCAUCAACAUCGUCCAGGCCUCGGAGAAGGUCAAGUCAGAAUGGGUUAGGCUGGGAAAAAGGUGGCAGCAAGGUCACAAAAGAAGAGCAGAACUUUAUGAUAAGUCUCCACAAGUUUAUGAGAAAUCGACAGACACCCAUCGACAGGGUUCCAUCAUUGGGAUUCAAACAGAUAGAUCUCUACUACUUCUACUCGUAUGCGAAGAAACUUGGUGGCUAUGAUAUGAUCACAGAGAAGAGGCUCUGGAAGCAUCUGUAUGACAAGCUUGGCGGGCAUCCAGGAAGCACUAGUGCUGCCACCUGUACACGAAGGCAUUACGAGAGGUUACUGCUGGCCUUUGAACGUUACGAAAAGGGAGAUGAACCCCGGAAUAAGAUCAAGUCAAAGGUCAAGGCCAUGAUCAACAACCAGAACAGAGGGCACGAUAAGGCAAAGUUGAAGCCUGAACUGGAAGAAAAGAAGGAAUUAUUGAUGCAAGCAAUUGAUGUGUCGAUGGAAGAAAAGGUUCGGAAAUGGAAUGAAAUCCGCCGACAGAAGGCUAUGGAACGUGAUCAGGUAAAUUCACAGCUGAAAAGAGGUCACCCCAGACAGACAGUGAAGAAGAUGCUGGAUAAAGUUUCUUUCAAAGAGAACAAGGUUGAAGAUCUGACAAUGGAAACACUUAAAGAGGUCAAAGUUCAGAUUCCAAAAAUGACCAGUAUUGAAAAUGGCAAAGUCAAAAUAGAACCUGUGCAGAUAUCUUCAAUACAGAAAACAGACCUUGAAGUGCCAUCAGUUAAACAACGCACACGGCCAAGUAUUUUAUCGCCUUUAGUUCAACGAAAAGUUCAGAACCAUGUGAAGUCACUACCCACCCAGUCACAACAGCAGACACCACUUCCGCCUCUACAGACAUCUGCUCAUCUACAGCAGAUGCCACACACCCAGCCCCCACAGACCCCUGUGAUAACAACACAUGCACUUUUCUAUGCAAGCAAUUUCCCCUUGCCCGCAUCACAUUUCAUCGCUCACACGUCAUCGUCACCAUCCGUGGAGGUUGCCGCCAAUGCCAGUGAAAACAGCAACAUGUAUUUUCCCAAAUCCUCAUUGUUCGUUACCAACAAUGCUUCACAAAUCAACGAAAACGAAUCGAAAAAAGCCAUUCCGAGCAUGAGGCCAUCUGUGAUACAACACACCCCAAAACCAAAACUUGACGAAGUGAAGUACGAGGGCACCUCCAACUCCCGGACUCACUCCCCAUCAACAUACAGCUCAAAGCCAAUCGUCCCUGCCCACAGUGGGCCAGCUCACUCACAUCAACAACUCAAACGGCCAUACCCUUACCCCAAUGUGCCACAAACGUCUCACCUGCCAUCUCGAGACCACUCACGACCCCACCUCAGUCCUGUUCUAGCCAACGAUCCGUACUUUAAUAGUGUGAAACGUGUGAGAGCUGACCCGCCAGCGAGUCGACUCACUCCUGCACACAUGAACCACAGCAAGUCCUCAGACAUGAGCAGUAAUGAGGAUCAGCCUGUUGACUUUAGCAUGAAAACUAUGAGAGAGAAAGAACAGAAAAGAGUAGAACAAAAACGGGAUUUUUAUGAAAAAAAGGACCUUGCUCCCAAGACCUUCAAGUGUGCUCUGUUCCCUCAGGAGUUUCCUACCUCAAGAGCAAGUCUCAAAGACCAUGAGCGACCAGGCUCAAGGUCAGAUAUUCGGUCGGCCUCAGUCAGAAGUUCAAGUCCCCUCUCUCUCGUGAGAUCUCAGGAACGUCACAGCGCCUCUCCAACCUCGACUGGAUCUAGAUCUGCCACAAGUACACCACUAAACAAUAAUAAAGCUUUGUCCAAGCCCCUGACAGCGUCUGCAGCCUACUCCGAAGUCCCAUCUCCACAUCUUCAUCCUGCCUUCCCCGCACCUUACAUGCCCUCUCAUAUCUCCCCCAACAGCGUAGUUACCUCCCCUGCACAGCUGCAGCAGAUGUAUGCCGCGCAGUACGCCAACAUACAAAUGGCGGCAUACGAGGACAUGAUGCGGCAACAGGUCCUGGCGCAGGUCGGGAACACGUCCCCCAUCCUGAUAUCGCCCACCCAACUAUAUCAAAACAUUUACAAGGAUACGCAGAAAUUCAGUGCCUCAAAGUCAUAAUCACCUGUCAGAGAUCAUUCAUGCUAUGGAGACAAUUGUGAAUGUGCUGUUUUUGCCAUGUUUUUGUUUAUUUUUGUUGUUAAAGUUGUUUGAGAGUACAAUGCUGUUUAUCGUGUAUGUGAGAAUAUGUCAUCUCAUUGUAUAGAUUAGGUGAGACAUUUAGAGAUUGUUCAUCUCAUGGGUUAGUUUUGAUAGUUCAUAUUCUAUUGUGUAUUGGAGAUUAGUUAGCAAGAGAGAUAUAAUGGACAGUGAGACCUGUCGAGACGUGUGCACAAAGAUGAGACACCGAGGUGUUUCAGUGAGAUCUUUUCUCUUUGGAACUGAGUGACAAGGAGUCGAUUUGCGUCUCAGGAAGAGAGAUGUCUGUAUUAUGUGAGAUCUUAUAUUGAGAUCUACUUACCUCAGUGUGAGAACAGGGAAUCUCUGUCAUGAGGAACUGAGAUCUGACAGGUGUAACCUGGAUCAGGUGAGAACUGUCCCCACAAUUUGUUUUCUCACCUGAAUAUUUCAACUACUGAGAAAUGCUUCUUCUAAUGAGAAACUAGGGAUGUCAUGAUACAACUGUCUGCGAUACACUGUCUGCGAUACACUGUGAGGGGCGGUCGGAUAGCCUAGUGGUUAAAGCGUUAGUUCGUCACACUGAAGACCCGGGUUCGAAUCCCGACAAUGGUACAAUGUGUGAAGCCCAUUUCUGGUGUCCCCCACCAAGAUAUUGCUGGAAUAUUGCUAAAAGCAGCGUAAAACCAAACUCACUCACUCACUCACUCACUGCCUGCGAUACACUGUCUAAUACUUCUCUCCUACAUGGAUUCAAUAAGAACUAAUGUCUUUUCAAGUACUUGCAAAGUGCAUUUUUUGGUACUCAAACAGAACUGAAUAUUUAUUUUAUUUCAUACUUAUAUAGCUAGAUAUGACUACUCUCAGGCAGUCUGGGUUGUAUACUCCCCAGGGAGCUGAGAAUGAAAAUUGAGUGCACACUGAUCCAUUUAUCGGGGUAAUAAUGGUGUGCUUUGAACAUAUCUAUCUUGGAAAAGGCUCAAUACAAAUGGAUUAUUAUUAUUGUUAUUAUUAUUAUUACUGUCAGAUAGUAUGUAAGCUUGGUCUAAAAGUGUAUGCACUGUAUAGUAUGGAGAUAAGUUGUAAGGAGAUAUGUGUAUCGUGACAUCCCUAACCAGAAUUAACUUUUAUUAUUCAAUUCCCACAGUUAACCAGAUUACCUUUACUGUUGUUUGUCUUUAACCAUCUGAAGUAGCUGAAGUCUGUUGGUGUUUACGUUAGUGACACUAGAUCAGCUGGAGGUAGCCGAUAUAGAGGUCAUCUGUGUCCGUCUGGAGCCAGCCUCUCACGGCUCCACCAGCCAUGUUGUCAUGCCAGGCCUUAAAGACUACAGCUGUGGUAUUCACCCCUUCACGAACAACUGACUUUUAGCAAUUGAUAGGAAAAAUGGAUUUUGGCGUUUUGGCCCCGACUCUCAGACUCAUGUCGACGUACCCACAGUGUUUUGGCCCCGACUCUCAGACUCAUGUCAACGUACCCACAGUGUUUUGGCACCGACUCUCGGACUCAUGUCGACGUACCCACAGUGUUUUGGCCCCGACUCUCAGACUCAUGUCGACGUACCCACAGUGUUUUGGCACCGACUCUCGGACUCAUGUCGACGUACCCACAGUGUUUUGGCCCCGACUCUCAGACUCAUGUCGACGUACCCACAGUGUUUUGGCCCUGACUCUCAGACUCAUGUCGACGUACCCACAGUGUUUUGGCCCUGACUCUCAGACUCAUGUCGACGUACCCACAGUGUUUUGGCCCCGACUCUCAGACUCAUGUCGACGUACCCACAGUGUUUUGGCCCUGACUCUCAGACUCAUGUCGACGUACCCACAGUGUUUUGGCCCUGACUCUCAGACUCAUGUCGACGUACCCACAGUGUUUUGGCCCUGACUCUCAGACUCAUGUCGACGUACCCACAGUGUUUUGGCCCCGACUCUCAGACUCAUGUCGACGUACCCACAGUGUUUUGGCCCCGACUCUCAGACUCAUGUCGACGUACCCACAGUGUUUUCUUUAAGGCCUUGGCCAUGUGUUCUACAACUUACUCACAAGGCAAGAUCUGAUAUCCUUUUGGGGGUCACAAAUACAAUGUUCCUUGGUCGGAGAGGGGUAGGCUCACUGUUAAAGUGCUAACCCAUUGGUAUUGUGUUACAGUGUUGAACCGCUCACUCGUUCAUGCACCUCUUGGAGGGAUAAGUGCAGUAUUGACUGGAUAGGUUUUGUAGAGCAGUAGUUCAUGCAUCACUGUGUGAAAUAUUCUUAAAAUAUUGCUGGCCAGGUGACAAGUGACUAGGUUCUGCAAAGGCAUCAAAAAAGUAAACCCAAAUUGCAAAUGAUGAUUAAAAUGUUAUGCAAAAGUGCAACCUCGAUUAGUUACAGAUAUUAAUUUUAUUAUUAAUAUUUGAUGGUCUUCUUUAUAUACAGAAAUGGGAGGCUUUUUUAAAAUUUGGAUCGUCUAUUAAAGAGGUGUGUAAUGAAAUAAAAAGCCAGUUGGGCAAGGGACAUUUUAAAGUCUUUAGCCAAUCAAAAUUUGCAAGCCACUGGCUACUGUGUAGGCGGCUUUUUAACACACUGUAAUGCAUUGACUGUUUUAUGUACAUCAAGGUCCAAGAUUCAGUUCUCUGUAUGGCUUAAGUACUGGGAUAUUUGUGUUUGAUACAGUGUUGAUGGACCAACAACACAUUUGGGUGAGUCAUGAGGCAUAAUUAUUCUUUUUCCAGUAUUUUCUGGAUCAAAUUAUUUUUUGUAAAAAUAUCCAAGCAACUGUCUCUCAAAGAGCACAUACAUUCACAACAUGGGUACUAAGAUAUCAAGUGCUGAUAUUCUGGCAGGGAUUGUUUAGUUUGAGUUUGUGACCUCAAAUAGGAUGUAUAGUUCGUUCAUUUACAACAUUUUCUGACUGAAUACUCAUCUAAAGAUGUCACAAGCAGCCUCAGGCUUACAAGUGCCUCUACAGAGUGGAAUGUUAGAAACGUGACGCAUGCUUUAAAAAAGGUGGAAAUAUUGAUUGUGUUUCAGACAUAAGCUGCUUUGUUGCAUCAUUAGAAAAUUCACAAUAGAAUUUGUCAGGAAAGUGGCACAUUCUAUUCUUUUACUGGUUGGACUAAUUUUGAGAAUUCAGAUUUUGUCUUUCAUAUCUUCGUCCGUGUACUGUGCCUUGUCUAAUGUAAUGAAUUAAGUAAAUAUAAAUCAUUGUAAAUUUGAAACAGCUCCAGCAUUCUAGAACUGUAAACCUCCUCCGCAACAUAGAAUGCAUUUGAAUGUUUGAAAAGGAAAUCCUACUUUAAUUUCCGAUAUAUAUCCUGAUAGUAUUCACCAAUCUAUUUCUAGUCAAAAAGAUACCUACGAAUACUUAAAGAAAAUAUUAUUCAAGAUGUUAACACAAUAUAUAGAAUUUAUGACAGUUACUUGAUGUAAUAGUAAAUUCUUUAUUAAUGAUAUUGUUGAAAGUUAUUACUUAUUAUUUUUAGAUUUUCGUGGUCUCCGCAUAAUUUGAAAACGGUUUAUCUGUUGUAUAUGGCAUUAACUCCUUCUCAGUGUCUUAUGUAGUAGUGGAUGUAGACAACAGUUUGUUUGUUCUCAUUUCACAUAUGCUGAUGUAUUAUCUAUGUGUCCGAUCAUGUGACAUUUUGUUGGUUAUUUGCGUAUUAAAACGUUCAGGGAUACACGCUGUGUAAAUAGUGUACAAAAGUUAUUGUUAGAAAAUACAAAGUGUGAAAGACUAUUUGUUGUUGGUGUCCAGCUAACAGAUUUUUUUUAUAAAUUGUUUUCACCUUUAUGACGAUUUCCUGUAUUAUGUUCUAAAGCUUUUUAGAUAAUAAGGCAUUAAGUGUGAGAUAUGGAAAUUAGCUUCAAUGUAGCUGUUCAAAAAAUUAUAAAAGUAAGAAUUAAAUUUGAAUAUCUUUCUCUUUUCAUAAAUUAUUUGUCAAUAAUAUUCUUUUGAAAAUAGUUAUGGGGAAUGUGUCAUUCUAGAAGUCAUUACGAACAUAUUUAUUAUAUUUAUUUAAGAAAUUAUUUUGCAUAACCCAUUUUGUCACAUAUUAAUGUAUUUGACAAUGUUUUUGUUUUCAGAGAAAUAUUGACAUGAAAUUAAAACAGAUUAUCUCAUUAGAAAUGAAUUUAUGAUGAUUAUUUUGUGAUGAUGGAAAAACAUAGCAGAGAGAGACCAUACUAUGACUCAAAUGUAAGAAAUGACAUUUUAGGGAAACUCAAAAUAGGAUCUAUUUAUUUAAGUUUAGGGAUUACACUUAAAAUCGAUAUUCACCAAAGAAAGGUUCCAUAUCUCAAUUCAUUAAGUUUGUUCUGCUAAGGAAAUGUGUAUUAUCUCAGUGUGACAACACAUGUGUUUGUGAGACUGUGUCACCUUCAGGGAUUUGUUUAUAAGACUGUACAUCAGCAUUUAGAAAGUAGGUUGUGUUCACCAGGAGUUUCCGGACUGUUCUGCUUUUGUAUUCUGUUGAACAAAUAUUGUGUACAUCCUUUUCCACAUACAUUUUCUACACUAUCCUUUAUUUCAAAUAAUCUUGUACUUCUUUUGUAUUAUAUACAAGAAUGUUUAUGAAUCAGUGUUUUGAUAUAUUUUAUAUUCAUUUCUUUUUUUAUUACUAAGUUUUGCCCUGUAGUUCAUUCUAUAGUUUGGUUUAGACCUCUACUUAUGAACUAUUUAUGUUCUAUUUUACUUCCUGCUAGGGCACUCUUGUUGCACUAAUCAACAAGCCUGUUGACACAGCUAUAAAUUCCUGUGAUAAGAACAGCUGACAUUGUUUCAAACUCUAGUUGUUUCUAGAUUUGGCUUUUCCUUUUAAGCCAGAUAAAGCUAAGUUGGCAGGGAAGAUUUAAAAAUUUUCAUUUGGCAGUAAGAAUGUGAUUUAUCAUGAGAUGACAUUAUUUCAAAGGGACGUAACUCAAAUAGAUUCUUGAUUCAGCAUUUCCUUUUAAGCAAGAUAAAGCUAAGUUGGCAGGGAUAUUUAAAACGUUUUCAUUUGGCAGUAAGUACGUGAUUUAUAAUAUAUAUGUAAAAAUUAUCAAUAGGUGCGUAUUGGCUCAUGUGUAUAUGACAAGGGGAGGUAAGUCUUUCUAGCCAUGAUUACCAGGGUCAAAUAGCACAGAGGGAUCUCGGGUGCCUCCUAAAAUAUAAUAAAAUAAUUCUGUGGAAGGAGGAACCAAGCAAUUUUUAAAAAUCAAAAUCACAACCAAGAUUAAAGUAACAAAUUAUUUCUUUUCAUAAAACCUGAGUUGAAAUAAUAUAUUUAGAGCAUUUGGGGGAACAGAUUAUUUUUGAAAAAAAAAGUCCCAGACCCCCCAAUCCCGAAUAUCAAAUGGUCAUCCUGUUAUUGUUAUCAGGUCCACAAUGUCUGGAGCAGAGGCAAGCCAGAGCCUUCAUGUACCUACUUGGUUCACGUCUCAGGAAUAAUAGAUGAAUACUAAUUCAAUUUAACCUGAGCCCUUGAUUUAUUGGUAUGUAGAUCAAGAAAAGUAUUGUGUCGCAUGACGUCCUAUUGAUCGAUUGUCAUCCAAUGACUCGGCACUAUUUAACCAAAUUAACUACCAAGGAAAUUUAUGUAUUGACUUAGACUUCUAUUAGAUUCAUGAUUGUCUCUGAGGGCAAUUUUGAGAUAUUCCUGUACGGUAUUAGUGUAACCUAUGCAACUGAUAUCGUAUAAAGGCUGGUCUGUUUCAACUUUCCCAGUAUACCUGUAGUUUAUGAAUAACCCAAUCAGAGUCCUGUUAUCUCGGUUAUUGCAGUUUGUAUGUACAUUUGUAUUCUAUGUUACCAAUGGUAGUUUUGUUUUAAAAGUUUAAACAAAGCCCGUAGAGUCUAUUAUUGGCCAGUUAGUCAACGUUAGUGUUUAGGAAAGCAUUAUAUUUUCCAGUGGUGUUUCUCAGAUUAUCCAGUGGUAUCAAAUAUCAGGUGCUGUUAUCAUAAGCACUCAUUCAUUGUUAGUUCUUGUAAAUAUACACAAGGGUAUGUGUGAUAUUAUUAACUGUUUACAUAAAUCAUUUAAAAUAAUAAAUUGACUGAUGAAGAUAUAGAAUGUACAGUGUAAUUUCUGAGAUUACAUAUAAACAAAAUAUGUCCCCAUGAUUAGCUAAAAACUAUUUGGGCAAUUGUAUCUCGUAAUCGGGAAAUUGAUAACAUUUUGAAUUAUUGCGAAUGGCAAAAGACAAUGCCUUUUUAAGAUAAAAAUGUAUUCUUGGGUGCAUUAAUGCCCUGUACAUCAUAUCUUUUCAGGGAGAUCAAUAAGAUUUGGUUUUGGUGGGUAAAUAAUCAGGUUUUGAUAUUAGUUUUUGUGAAAGACCAGCUUGGUUAUAGUAAAGAGUUAUCUUUCCUUGCCUGAACUGGCACUAUAAAUGCUAAGAAAUUUAAAUUAGUUUUUGGCCUGCUGAAAAAAUAACCCAUGUCAUUUUGAAGUAUGGUUCUGAUGUUGAACUUUUUCUUUCUUGGCCUUAUUUGAGAUAUUACAUUCUAUCAAAUAGGCUUUCUACAAAUUUGAAGUGAGCAUGUUUUGACCACUUGCUUUGAGCAAAUUGUUUUCAGACUAGGUGUUUCUUGUCUAACUAGCCUUUGAUUCUCUGCCUGGAGCCACUGGGAAUCUGUGAUGUAGUUACACUUUUGUAUUGACCCUAUAACCUACCUGAGACAGAGUUGUGCAAUACUAACAUCCAGUUUAUCCCACACAUCAAUAAAUUCACAGAUCACCUCCAACCCAAGCACAAUAAUCAUUUGUAAACAAUUUGUAAACAGAUUUUUUUUCUGUGAUUAAAGAAAAUCUGCAAGAA